UUAUGUCUUAUUCCCAAUAAUUAUGAUUGAGAUAACCUUUUUUAUUUAGAAUUGGUUUUGUUAUCUACGUCUGGUUUCCUAAUCUGAAUAAAUUUGUAUCAAUCCUUUUUUAUGGUAAAUUUGUAUCAAUCCUUAAUCCACCAAUUCAAGCCGGAUCAUUAUUACACAGUUUUUCGAUCUUUUGUCUAGAGACGGAAAAAAUAAAGAGAGAGAAUGAUGAGGAAAGAGGUGAUCGGAGCUACGGUGGCGGUGGUGGUGUGCGGCGUUGCCGCCCUGGUGGUGCAUCGGCGAAUGAAGAAAUCCAGCAAGUGGGCCCGGGCGAUGGCGAUCGUGCGCGAGUUCAGGGAGAAGUGCGCGACCCCUAAUGGAAAGCUCCGGCAGCUGGCGGAUGCAAUGACGGUGGAGAUGCACGCCGGCCUCGCCUCCGAAGGCGGCAGCAAACUCAAGAUGCUCAUCAGUUACGUCGACAAUCUCCCCACCGGUGAUGAGAAAGGAGUUUUCUAUGCAUUGGAUUUGGGCGGAACAAAUUUCCGCGUGAUGCGAGUGCAUUUGGGAGGUAAAGGGGGUGGCAUUGUUAGCCAAGAGUUCACCGAAGCCUCCAUACCCCCUCAUCUCAUGCUUGGCAAUGGAGAGGCACUUUUUGACUUCAUUGCGGAAAAACUAGCAAACUUUGUAGUAGAAGAAGAGAAGUUACAUCAACGGCCUGCAGGGAGGCAAAUGGAACUAGGGUUCACAUUCUCCUUCCCAGUAAUGCAGACUGCAAUUAAUGCCGGUAGUCUUAUCAAGUGGACUAAAGGCUUCUCCAUUGAUGAUACGGUUGGCAAAGAUGUGGUUGAAGAACUAGCAAAAGCCAUUAAGAGAAAAGGUUUGGAUAUGCGUGUGUCAGCUCUUGUAAAUGAUACCAUCGGCACAUUAGCUGGAGGGAGAUAUUCAGACAAGGAUGUAUGUAUUGCUGUCAUAUUAGGAACUGGAACCAAUGCUGCAUAUGUAGAACGUGCACAAGCAAUCCCUAAGUGGCAUGGCCCUCUUCCUAAAUCAAGAGAGAUGGUUAUCAACAUGGAAUGGGGUAAUUUUAAGGCGUCACAUCUGCCCCUGACAGAGCAUGAUCAUGCAAUGGAUGCUGAAAGUUUAAAUCCAGGAGAACAGAUAUUCGAAAAGAUGACAUCCGGUAUGUAUUUGGGAGAAAUUUUACGAAGAGUACUGCUCAAACUUGCUGAAGAAGCAGCCUUUUUUGGCAUUGAUGUUCCUUUGAAGUUAAAAGUUCCAUUUGUAUUGAGGACAUCAGACAUGUCGGCCAUGCAUCACGACACAACGGUCGAUCUAAGGGUGGUUGGUGAAAAAUUGAAUGAUAUUUUAGAGGUACCAAAUAUGUCAUUUAAAAUAAGGAGAGUAGUCGUCGAGUUAUGUCAUAUAAUUGCAACACGUGGGGCGCGACUUGCCGCUUCAGGGAUAUUUGGCAUUUUGAAAAAGAUGGGAAGAGAUAUAUCACGAGAAAGUGGCUCGGAGGAGAAGACCGUGAUAGCAAUGGACGGUGGAUUAUAUGAGCAUUACUCUGAAUACAGUAGAUGCUUAGAGAACUCAUUGUACGAUUUGUUAGGAGAGGAAGUAGCACCGCGUGUCGUUUUCAAACACUCCAUUGACGGUUCUGGAAUCGGUGCUGCUCUUCUUGCGGCAUCUCAUUCCCUCUAUGUUGAUGAGGAGAUGAAUGCUUAAAAUUUAAAUUAGGUGCAUAAAACUCUGUUUCAAUCUCAUGACACUGUUUACAUUACUUUUUAGUUUCUCAUUUACUAUUUAUUGAUUAGAAUAUGAUUUGUGGGAAUUCGGUGCGUGAAUUCUUUGUUGAUGAAGAUUAAUGUAAAUUGUGGCUACUAUUUUUCUAUAAGCCAAUCAUCAACUAGUAAAUAAAGUGGAAACU